AUGCUCAACAAGCAGAUGAAGCGGCUGCUGCGGGGCAAGUACACCGCCUACAGCGCGUCGGCGGUCGCAGACGCCCGGUCGGGGAAGCUGAAACGACCGGAGCGCGGGGUCGUCUCUACGUGGUGCAAGGAAGAGUGGGAGUCCAUCACCCCCGAGACGGUGAAGACUUGCUUCAAGAUCUGCGACUACCGCGACCUUCUCGAGGAGCAGCACGCCGUGUGGCUCGCUGAGCACCCCGACGUGACUCUCCCGCCGCUCAAGCUGCCGAAGGUACCAGGGGGGUUCGACUCCAACCCCAUCACGGCUGCUCAGAAGCAGGUCGAGGGGAAGCUGCUGCCCUACGUCGCUGAUGAGAGCGACAGCGAGGUGGAGGUCUUGGAGGGCGACAGCGACGUGGAAGUCGUGGAGGGGCAGGGGGGCGGGGGCGCCGAAGGAGUAGUCGAACUUUGAAUCAUAGUUCUUUGGGAUUGCCAGUGAGAUUGGAUGUUUUUGCGAUGGUAGGGGUGCGGGCACGAAGUAGAGUUCAACCCGCCUAGGAAGUACAGUAGUAGGAUGUUGGUAGCUCGUUGUGGUAGUUUGGUGUGAUUUUUUUCUUCGUUUGUGGUUUCACGUGCGUUUUGAAUUGUUGAGUGGGUGCCGUUUGCCGAUUUGCCGAUUUUGGUUCGUCAGAAGGAAAAGAAGAUAACAAAGAGUACAAAUACCACAUUUUUGAACAUCGUCAUGGUGCCAAGGGCAGCAGUAGCAGUGGAGCACGCGACUCAAGCUCCCACAUUAUCAGGAAUUUCCAGCACAAGAUGCUGGUGAAAGGGUAUCACUUACCGCCAAACCUCACCGAACAUGUCGGCGUCUCCACAAACUGUGCGGAGACGACGAUACCUGUGCGAUAACCUAGCAAAUCAUUUGGAACCGGCUUUUUUUCCGUACACCCUGUGCCAAGACC